UUCAGAUUGAGUACGCUGUGUCUGUGUGGGAAAUGGACCGUGUGCAUUUCAGUUUGUGUACGCUGGGUCUGUGUUGGAAAUGCAGCUCAGUGAUUGCGCCCUGUGUGUACAGCAGGCCCCUGUUAAAGGCAGUGUGGAGAUGAAGGGGGUGCAGAGGGUGGAGUUGGGGACCCUGCUGCAGGUCACCCAGGCCUUGGAGGCGGUGGUGGGCCCGUGCUUCGGUCCGUCCGGGGGCCAGGUCCUCUUCACCCGCGACUCUGGAGAGGUCCUCAUCACCAGGGAUGGCCGGAGGAUCCUUACCUCCCUUCGGCUUGACCAUCCCGUUGCCAGAGUCCUGGUGGGAUGUGUAUCAGCACACUGUAAGAUCACGGGUGAUGGAGCCAAGUCCUUCCUUCUCCUGCUGGGGGCGCUUCUGCGGGGUAUCCACGGCGACCAUCUCCACGGCAUUCAGGCCCGCCGCGUGGCUCACAUUCUGCUGUCCUUCCAGACGCUCGUUUUGGAUGGCGUGACCGGGCAGGGCCUUGCCCCUUCUCCAGGACCCCGCCCACCUGCGCCCGCUCACGGACGCCUACUUCCGGGGAAAGACGGCGAGCUCCCACUGGGGGGUCCUGAGCCAGACGGCCUGCGAGUUCUACCGCAGGUGGCGGUGUGAGCAGGACUGCACCGGCGUGACCCUGAUCGCCCGCCAC